AUGAAUACCAAGGCAUUUAUCCUAUUAAAUGGUUCGAAGUUUCAUCAACGUCUUAUCAAAAAUAAGAAUGCUGCGCCAGUUCAAAUUUCGGCUGAGCAGAUUCUUCGCGAGGCCAAAGAACGACAAGGAGUAGCCAUCAAGGUUCCUAAGCAAAAGAUUCACGACCAUGAGGAACUAAUGGAAUACAGGGGGAGGAAGCGCAAAGAAUUCGAGGACCGUAUUCAACGCAGCCGACUUCAUAUCGGAGAAUGGCUCAAAUAUGCAGCAUGGGAAGAGAGUCAAGAUGAGCUGGCCAGGGCUCGUUCCGUGUACGAACGUGCGCUGCAGGUGGACAGUCAAAAUUCGACACUGUACCUCAAGUAUGUUGAAAUGGAAAUGAAGCACAAGAACAUUGCUUUGGCACGCAAUCUUUUCGAUAGAAUUGUUACAAUUCUUCCACGCCGAGAUCAGUUUUGGCUCAAAUACACUUAUAUGGAAGAAAUGCUGGAAGAGGUUGCUCGAGCUCGCCAGAUAUUUGAGCGCUGGAUGCAAUGGGAGCCGGAAGAAGAGGCGUGGAUGGCUUAUGUUAAGUUUGAAAAGCGGUAUAAAGAACUGGACCGUGCACGCGCCAUUUAUGAAAGAUUCGUGCAUGUCCAUCCAGACCCCAAGAACUGGAUCAAAUGGGCUGAAUUUGAGGAACGGGAAGGAUCUACCGAGAAGGCACGCGAUAUAUUCACAAGGGCCAUCGAAGUGAUGGGUGAGGAGCUAAUGGAGCAAAGAUUGUUCAUUUCAUUUGCUAAAUUCGAAACCCGACAGAAAGAAAUCGAACGGGCUCGCGUCAUUUAUAAAUAUGCGCUGGAUCGUAUUCCUCGCUCAAAAUCCCAAGCUCUUUAUAAUCAAUAUGUUCAAUUUGAGAAACAGUAUGGCGACAAAGAAGGAAUCGAGGAUGUAGUUAUUGGCAAACGAAGACUUCAAUACGAAGCAGAUCUUGCCAAUAAUCUCAAAAAUUAUGACAUUUGGUUUGAUUAUGGAAAACUUGAAGAAAGUACGGGCGAUAUAGAUCGAGUUCGAGAGGUAUAUGAACGUGCUAUCGCACAAGUUCCGCCAGCUCAAGAGAAACGACUUUGGCGACGGUAUAUUUAUCUUUGGAUUAAGUAUGCCUUAUUUGAGGAACUUGAAGCAAAAGAUUACGAGCGUACACGGGAGGUAUACAAAGGAUGUCUCCAACUCAUUCCACAUAAAAAGUUCACAUUUGCCAAAAUCUGGCUGUUAUACGCCAAAUUUGAGAUUCGACAGCUGGAUGUCGCUGCUGCGCGCAAGUCCUUAGGAAUGGCUCUAGGUAUGUGUCCCAAAGACAAGCUAUUCAAGGGAUACAUUGAGCUAGAGCUGGAGCUGCGUGACAUUGAUAGAGCAAGGAAAUUAUAUGCCAAGUACCUUGAGUGGUCGCCGUCCAAUUGUGCUGCCUGGAUCAAAUUUGCAGAACUGGAGAAUGAGCUUCAGGACAUUGAUCGUGCACGUGCUAUUUUCGAUUUGGCUAUUUCUCAACCGGAGUUGGAUAUGCCGGAACUUCUCUGGAAAGCGUAUAUUGACUUUGAGGUUGGUGAAGAGGAAUGGUCCAAUGCUCGCUCGUUAUAUCGGAAACUGUUGCAGAGAACGGCGCAUGUGAAAGUAUGGAUCAGUUGGGCACAUUUUGAAGCAAGCGUGCCGGGCGAAGGUCAAGCUGCUGCUGCACGAGAAGUGUUCAAGAAGGGCUGCAAUACCAUGAAGGAGCAUGGGCUCAAGGAAGAGAGAGUUAUUCUAUUGGAAGCGUGGAAAGAAUUUGAACAGGCGCAAGGUACAGCCGAGACCCUCAAGAGUGUACAGGACCUUAUGCCUAAGAUGGUCAAGAAACGUCGACAGGUCGAAACUGCUGAUGGUCAUGUUGCGGGCUCAUCACAAUGGGAGGAAUACUACGACUAUAUCUUCCCAGAUGACCAAACCGAGAAACCCAAUUUCAAAUUGCUCAGCAAAGCCCACGAAUGGAAAGCAAGAAUGGAAAAAGAAAAGGCUGAAAAGGCUGCUGCUGCUGCUGCUGCUGCUGCCGCUUCUGCCGCUUCUGCCGCUUCUGCCGCUUCUGCCGCUCCUGCUGCUGCUACUUCCAAUAAUUCCGAUGCUUCCGCUCCUGCUCCUGAUGACUCUGCUUCUGAUGAUUCUACUAGUCCAUAA